AUGUUUAAAAUCAUAGGACACGAUAUGGUGCACAUGCAUGAAAAAUUGGAAUUGACUUCUGAACCUUUGCAAAAUGAACAAAUAAUGGAAAUAAUUAAUAAAAGAAUACGCACUAAUAUUCAAAGACACCAAGAGACAAUCGAGUUGAUGAUUAAUCAUUUCAGGUUAUUCAAAGCUUUGCAAAAACAAACGAAUAUGAAGUAUUUCAUUAUCAUAAUAUUGAUAAUCUCGGAAUUAAGUUUAGCAGGAUUCUGGAGUAUAGUUGUACUCGAAAAUAACAAAUUGUAUGCUUUAAAAAUGAUUGCAACAAUGAUUGCUACAAUGAUGAUUCUGUUAUACUUAAUUUAUUCAAGUGAAGACUUGAUGAACGCCUGUGAUCGUUUGAACCAGGAUUGUUAUGACGCUAAAUGGUACUUAUUCAAAGUAAAAGAAAGACGCUUGAUUCUUUUAAUGAUUCUCCGAACUGCAAAUCCUUGCACUCUCACAGCUGGUCCCACGGUUCAGAUGAAUUAUGAAACUUCUGCCAUUAUUUUGAAAAUGGUAUUAUCAUAUUUGAUGGCUUUUUAUCGCAUAAUGGGAGAUGGAAAUUGA